UGUUCUUAAACUUUGGUAAUGGACCGAUUGCAUGAAUCCCUGAGCUUUCUGCCAUCGGUUUCUGUCUGACCUCCGAGAGUCGACCUCGUCACUCUCAACCCCAGGUCAGACGUUUGGCACCCAGUUCGACAGCCUGAAAAUCCACGUUUCUUCGAUUGAUUCGCUCUAUAUGCUUCAUGGCUAUUCGCGGUAUUCAGUUGCUUCUCGACAUUCAACCCCCCUUUUUUUUCUCACUGUCUUGAAACUCGCUUUAUUCUAUCUUCGCAAGUUCCGGAGACGGCUCUCUCUUGAUACAGCACACCGCUUCUAGAAAGAAUAUGCUUUUCUCCGUCCACCUCCACUCGCUCUCGCCUCUGGUGCCAUGGCAGACCUCCACGAGGUCCUUCCGCGCUUUCCCCAAGGGCAAUAUGCCCAUCUCUUCCAGGCUCUCGACAGGCAUGAGCUGACGACCGUGGAUCUACUGACCAUGGAGGCCGCCGACAUUGGGAAAGCUACCCAACUUCCACUAUUGGAGAUACAAAAAAUACGCAACGCCGUCACGGAAGCCCUGCAUCGCGACCUUGGUGUCGCGGGCGUCCCCUCGGACACCCAUACCCCGUUAAGAAGUUCCCUCACGGAUUUAACCACGAAAACGGCCUUCGUCAGCACACUAGACGAUGAACUAGAUGGGGCCCUCGGCGGGGGCAUCCCGACAGGCUACAUCACGGAAAUCGCGGGCGAGAGCGGCGUCGGCAAGACCCAGUUUCUGCUCCUCCUCCUUCUGGCCGCCCAGCUUCCCCCGCCCCAUGGCCUGGGCCGGCCCGCCCUCUACCUUUCCACGGAAUCGUCCAUGCCCACCAGCCGUCUUCUACAGAUGCUCAGAGAACACCCUCGCCUCGCCCACCUCCCGAAAGGCGCCCGGCCGUCUCUCGACGCCAUCGCCAGCAUGGACAUCCCGGACCUCGAAUCCCAAGAACACAUCCUGCGCUUUCAGGUGCCCGUCGCCGUUGAGCGCCACAACAUCGGCCUCCUCGUCAUCGACUCCGUCGCCGCCAACUACCGCGCCGAGUUUGACCGUAGCGCUGCUGGCACCAACCACGGGUCCACCAUGGCCGCCCGCUCCAAGGACCUCGUCCGCCUGGGCGCCCUGCUCCGCGCCCUGGCCCAGCGGUUCAACAUGGCCGUCGUCGUCGCCAACCAGGUGGCUGACCGGUUUGCCAUACCCCCCCCGACACACCGCCCCCUGGGAACCCCUACCCCUACUCCCGCGCGGUGUAGGAUGCCGCAGGAAAGCCCGCUCGCUUCGCGGAGCAAGGCCCUCUCGCCGGCCGCCGCCAACGAAGAGAUCGAACCGACGUCAUCCAUGGCGGAGCGUCUCCAGUUCCUCUCCAGCAUGCCGGAGCCGCUUGGUCCCGAGGAUGCCGUCGAGCCGGCGCCAGCCGCGCUGGCCUUCGACCACCAGCAACGGUGGUUUACGGGAUGGGGCGAUGAUCCGUUGGCGGACCACGGACUGAAGACACCGAGUCUCGGUCUGGUAUGGUCGGCGCAGAUUGCAUGCCGCAUCGCGCUUCUCAAGAAGCCGGUCUACGGCGUGCAUCGCUUCUUGGAAGACGAGUCGGGUGAGCUGAGGGGAGGGGUGCCGACUCUGAAGAGCUGGAGGCGCUGGAUGAAGGUCGUUUUCGCGCCACACGUGCGUCCUACGGGACAGGGAUUGGAGGGCGCGGUGGAGUAUGAAGUAACUCGGAGCGGGAUACGCUCUGUGGUCAAGGACGGAAAGAACGUGGAGGGAAAGAAGAGGGCCGGGCACAAUGAAUCAGACAGCCAACAAAGGGCGGAGGAGGAGGAGGAGGAGGAGGACGACGAAGAUGACGACGAAUAAGCAUGAGAGACGUGAUAUAGAGGACAGAUGACGAAGGUAGACAAAGGUGUACUCUGUACCCUAAGUAGGUAGGAAACAUUGGUUGGUCCGUCGAGACGGGAUGGGUGCCUGUCUCUCAUUGAGGUAAACCCCAAAGGAACAAGUCUUUCCAAAGGAACACCUUGAACAGGGUGCGUGGAAAAAGGUAAUUACAUCAUAACGUGUAACCUUUAUCGCGAAUGUUGAGGGAGCAGAGUUACGGAGUAAUCAUUCGUGUGUUGAUUGUCACUGUCACAAGUAUGAAUGGAUACGGAUAUGGAGUCCCUAAUUAUGGAUAACCCGCG